AGUAUUUGCAAGUAAGAAAACGGUUCAAAAUUAUUCUCAAUGAACUCAAACUCAUAACGAUUAAUGACAAGUUACAUAAUCAUAAAUGAAAGAACCAAAAAUUGGGGACAAAGGAGAAAGAUGGCAACAUGUAUGAUUGUCUUUAUUUUUUUUUCAUGUAUGAAUUUAGAUUUGUUCACAUAAAUAGAUACAAACUUUUUAUUCUAUACAUUUAACGGUAAAAACCUACGAGAGUUAUUUUGAAACAAACUACAAACUUCAAAGGUUAAAAUGAAACUUAUAAAAGUUCGGGAGUAUAAAUGAAACCAACCCUAUAAUUUAGAGGUAUUUUUGAUAAUUUAACUAGUAGAUUAUGACUCUCUCACAAAUAAAAAGGUUAGGAUUGGCUCUUAAGUAAAUGUAGAACCGUGCUUUAUGCCAAACUAACCAUUUGGAUAUGAAUAUCAAGAGAAGUAUACGGAAACUAAGGAGUAUAAGAAUAAAAAAAAAAGUGAAAUCAGGGGAAUCCACAAAAAGUGAGGAAUGAGAUAAAUAUUCCCCAACCCCACAGGAAUCUAUUAUGGGGGAUUAUCUCUAGUUUAGAGCAGAGCCCACAAUUACAAAGAAUUACUCACCAUCUCAUUCUUAGUCUCAUAGUAAAGGAACUUGGGAGUGAGGAAAAAUGACUCUCCACCAUAAUUCUCACCCAAAAUGGAAAUAGGAAAAAAAAAACUUUCUGCUCACUUUGACUUGCAUAGCUUCCUUUCCUCUAGUCCAUCAAGAAAAAAGUUUAGUGAUAAACACAAAUAUAGUGAAAAAAAAAUAUUAGUGAAAAGGAUUUGCACCAGUCAUAUUGUGCUGUGUGACUGUAAGUAAUUUAAGCUUUUACCUAUUGACAUAUAGAAGUGGCAUGAUAUCAGUUCCUAGUUAGCAGUACACAUCACCACUAGUACAAAUGAAAAUUGAACACCAACGCACUCAGAAACUUUGUUGAAUUUCGCUAUCUCAUUGACAAAUUAUGACAAGAAAAAUUAACCAGCAAAGAUUCUAAAGCAAGUACAUCGAAUAAAAUUUUAGAAAGUAUGAGAUUUGUUAUCUAUGGUUUGAUUCAUUCCACAUUUGAAAAGAGCAGGCAGGCCACUGCCCUUCAACUUUUCUUGUAAUUCGACUAAUUUUCUUUUCGACUAAUAAGUGGAGAGAUUUGAACCAAUAACCUACCAUUGAAGACACGAUAUCCAACCACUUGAGCCUAUGCUGGACAGCCAAUUACUCUUCAUUAAAACUUCAUUGAUUUUUCAUACUAAAAAUAUAAGUGUAAGAAAAUAAAGAUAAAUAAAUCAUUGGUUUAAUGAAACUAAAAUUGCUGAGAGUGAUGAAGUACGUAUCCUGGAAUUUCUUUGAUGCAUGAAUAUAUAAAGUAUGAGAUAAGUACAUAUAGAUGAAUUAAUGUAUACAACUUUGUUUUAUGAUUAAAAAAAUGGGGCAUCUUCGUCUUGAGCUAAAGUGUACUUAUUUUAUUUCAUUUUUUACUUCUCAAAGAGAUCAAAAGAGAGGGUGGACUUGGUCUCUAGAAUAGGGGAAGGGUUGAAUUAAAAUCAUCACAUCCAAAAGCCAAGAUAUCUUCUUUGAGUUUUAGGCCAUUGAGAGGAGAAAAACUUUGCCAUACUUUUCAAUUGGUGUUGGGAGAAAUCCGAAUUUUCUCCAAAAAGAAGGAAUACCACAAGUCAAAAAGCCAUGAAAGACAGAAAGACAUAGGUCGGAGAAUAAAGGUAAUGACCAUUUGCAUGUAUGCGGAACUAAAAUGUGAUAUCAAAAUUUAGACAGGACAGAUGGUUGUUAUUUUGAUUAGUGAAUAUGACAAUAGCAAUUAGGACUAUGGAAAGAAUAACUUAGGAUGAGGAGGGUGCCUAGUUUCGGAUACAUUAAUCAAACAUACAAUUUGAUCAGAUACCCUUUUAGUCUAAUCAAAUUACAUCCUAGUCCAUGAAUUUUGAUGGGUAUGUUGAUUUAGUCUAUAAACUAAUAAAAGUUUCAACUACGUCCCUUAAACUUGACAUUCGAAUAGCAUGAAUUGGUUUAUCAUGACAUGACAAAUAGAUGACUAGAAAAAGCAGACAACCCAAGAAAACAAAUGGCGCGUGCCACAUACUUUAUAUUUAAAGGAAGGAAUCAAUUCUUUUUUUUAGACCAUACACUCUUCUUUGUCAAACUAUCCACUUCUUUCUACCAUGUGUGUCAAAAUAGUUAAUACCUAUCCAAUUGGCAUGUUACAUCAUCAUUCAGGAAUCAUAAUUUAAAGUACACACACAUAAUUGAAUUUUUUUUAAAGUUCAGAAUUAAAUGGAUACAAUAAUCAAAGGUUAGUUUAUCAUUUAACCUUUUAUAUCUAGAAUCCCAAUUUUGACAAGGUUGGUGUGCCUAAAAUUCCCAUGUUUACAAUCAAAAUGAGAUUGACGGACAUGGCGGAUCUGUCAAGUUGAGUUGAAGGCAUAUCUUCGAUGGCUAUUGCAAUCAUGGAACCAUACACUGUUUACUAAAUUACUUGACUUCAGACAAUUAAAGAAAUAUUAGAUAUUAAAAACUAAAAAAGCAUGAACUAGGAAGGCUGUAGAAAGAACACAAAAUCAAAGAAUCAAGGGAAUGAUCUCUUACCAAACGAAUGACACGUGAGGGUGGACGCUGGUCGGUGGGCUUGGUUUCUACUGGCCGGAAAAAAGGAGACGAAGCUUCUGUUUCAUAGCCUUUUAAGCUCCGUUUGAUCCAAUCUUCUGAUUCUCCCUAACCUCUAUAAAGACCCUUCAGGUCAAUCCCAUCCAUGCCAGAGCACCAUUCUCAUCUAAUCUAUUACAUGAAAUUCAAAAGAAUGGCCACCAUUUCCAUCGAUCCACGGCUUAAACUCCAAAUGCCCAAACUCCAUAUUCAAAAUGAAGCCACAGUAGAAGAGAUUGAGGGGCUCAUUCGAGUUUAUGCAGAUGGGCAUGUUGAAAGGUUCCCAAUCAUCCCAAAUGUAUCCUGCAACACCACAGCAUCAGACAAAGGCGUAACAGCAAAAGAUGUUCUCAUAGACAAUUUCACAAACACCUGGGCACGGAUUUACGUUGCCAACUCUCAACGAAACCUCCCCUUACUUGUUUAUUUCCAUGGCGGUGGCUUUUGUGUUGGUUCUGCCGCCUGGAGCUGUUACCAUGAAUUCCUCCUCGACCUUGCUUCCAAAGCAAAAUGUGUAAUCCUCUCAGUCAACUAUCGUCUUUCCCCUGAAAAUCGCCUCCCCGCCGCUUACGAAGACGGAUUCAACACACUCAUGUGGUUGAAACAGCUAGCAAUAACCAACCCAAUCGAACACAAAUGGUGGUUAGGCAAUUGCAAUCAAUCAAAAUUGUUCCUCGCUGGCGAUAGCGCCGGAGCGAACAUAGCGUACAACAUCGCCGCACGGGUAGGGCUCAACGAACCCACAAUCCUAAAACCCCUAAACCUAAAGGGCAUAAUCCUGAUCCAACCUUUCUUUGGCGGAGAAUCGCGAACCAAAUCAGAAAAACUCGCUACUCAGCCCUCUUCCGCCUCAGCAUUAACUCUCGACGCCGCCGACACAUACUGGCGGCUGUCCCUGCCACCGGGGGCCAAUCGCGACCAUACAUGGAGCAAUCCACUGGUGAAUGGCGGGGUAAAGUUGAGAGAAACGAAGGUGCCACCAUUAAUGGUGUGCAUAUCGGAGCUGGACAUACUGGUGGACAGAAAUUUGGAGUUCUGUGCAGCCAUGACAGCCGCCGGGAAGAAAGUGGAGAGAGUGAUUUUGAAAGGAGUUGGACAUAGCUUUCAAAUUCUGAAUAAAGACCAGAUUUCUAGUGCGCGAAGACGAGAAAUGAUGGUUUGUAUUCAGCGUUUUAUUCAAUUAUAGGGAAAAAUGUCAUUCUUCUUCUUCGUUUCUUUUAGUUUAAUUUUGUUUCAGAGAACAACCCAUUGAUUACGAGUGUGUAAGACAUCGAUUGUUGAUUGAAUUUGUACCUCCCCACCCCGAGAGUUGAACUCCAAAAGAAAAUACAAUACACCUGUUUCAAGAGUUUUCAAGACGCAAGAGGAACAUAUCUGGGGAAAUUUGUAUUAAUGACCCAAUUUGUGGGUCUAAACUGUCAAAUGACCCAUUUUUAAAAAAUAAUAUCAAUUGAUGACAUCAUCGUCAUACCAAA